AUGGACCUUACCAGCCUAACGCGGCCUGCGAUACUAGGGCAAUGUCUUCGCUGCUCUAGCUCGCUGGCCGUACUGGAGAAUGAGUGGGCAAAGCUGUCAAAUUCUUACUCCUUUGUGACAGCAUGGCUGAGCCUCGACCUCCAUCGAAUUUCCAUUUCCUUAGACCGGAAACAGAUACCAGAUACGUCAGAAAUGAGCCUCCUCCGUGGCCGCAUCAUCCAGGAAGCAUCUUGCAAAUUGUGCCAACAGAAGCUCGGUGUAGUUUGUACGAUGGACAAUGGUCUAAACUUCCUUUGGAAGCUCUCGAGGGUAUCAUUUAGGGAGAUUGUAACCAUGCGAACCGCCGAACCAAUCUAUAAAGAGGGAGCUCUUGAACGAUAUUUCCAACCGCAAGAAUCUUCUAUUCAGCGCCCUGGGCAAAAUAAUAUUUUAGCCCCGGCUAGCACGGACCACUAUACACAACAACAAAUGCAACAUCAGGGCCGGAGUAUUGAUCAAAUCUCAUACUCGGUCCACCACCUGCAAGAUACGAUGGCAGAUCUAAAAAACUCCUUCACAUCUCUCCGCAUUGAACUCAAUGGCUCCAACAGAAACUUGGGAGACAGCGGUAUUCCUGGAUUUGAUAUGGUCGCCACUGUUCUGAAGGAGCUCAAGUCAAAAUCGGAAGAGAUUGAGAAGUUGACGCUGGAAAUAGAGGCUUUGAAGUUGAAAAACCGCUUUAUGGAAGAUCGCAAGAAAUCAACACUUGAAUAUCAACCUACUCAUGCGCCUGCACUUCCAGAAGUACAUAGCCCCGGUCUUCUACAGGUAGGACGAAAGCGUACCUGGCCGGACGCAUUCCCUACUCACGGCCGAACUAUCGCCGACUCCUUCGCGGACGACGAUCUAGGUGAUGAUCUGGCACUGGAAGACUCACUUAAUUUCGCUGCUCAAAUUACAAAUAAUACACCACUGGAAAGGGCCGCAUCCCCGCAAUACCGCAUCGAGUACAAUACCACAAAUGCGACAGAAAGCAACCGGGUGGCCUCAAAUGCUCAUCCCAUCGAAAUCCCAAAUAAAAGGCAACGGCUGGCGCAGGAAGAGGAUGGGUUGCAUGAGCCGGAAACUCCCCCUCCAGAUUCACGGAUUCGGAAGCGAAAAUCCAUGACCCAAGUCAAAAGAUCAUACACUACCAAGGAUUCACGUCCAGCCACAUCGAGUUCAAAUGCACCGGUUGAUUCAAAUCCCACCACUCAGAUUCCACUCACCGAUGUGACUUCGUCCGACCAUCCUGUUAAACGUCGUCGAGGAAGACCCAGCCUACGCUCAAAAUCCGUGGGUCCUACGGAAUAUAGAGUCAACGCCGUCGAAACUCAAACCAGUAACAAUACCACGGAAAAUGCAGCACAUCCAGAAACCAAUGGCCAGGAGCUAUCAAAGGGAACUGCCAAUGGUGGCGAUUCAACGGUGGUAGUCGCAAAUGGCGCAAAUGGAGUAAAUAAAGUAGAAGUUUCAGCGGAAGAUCAGCGCAAAGCCAAGGUCGCGGCGCGGGACCACUUGACUAAACUAGCUAUGCAGCGCGAGGAGGCGAUGGAAACUGACGGUUCUUGA